GACGUUUCGGUCUCUCAAACACACGUACACGCUCCUCCUUGAAAGUGAACCCGGAUGUGUCGGGACAUUCAACAGUGUGUCGCCGUGGCACCCAGGGAACCAGGUGUCUGGAUCUCAGUGUUUACUUUGCCUUCAUGAUGAUGCGAGCAGGAGGAAUUUUGAAACUUACUGUGCUGGUUUCUAUUUUGUUUUUGGCUGUGUUCCUGGCCUUUGAGCUAUUACAGAGUAAUAUGAAUCUUAAUAUGGGGAAAGUCUUUGCACGAUAUGCAAAUGCAGAGACCGUCCCAACCAAGCCACCGCGCCACAAAUGCGGCCUUUCUAAAUCAUGUCCUGAGGACCAUUAUACCUUUAAGAUCACCAGUGGAGCAGCCAGUGUAGUCGGUCCGAAAAUGUGUUUUCAGGACAAUGUAUUAAUGAGCGGAGUUAAGAACAACGUUGGACGUGGUAUAAACAUUGCAGUGCUCAAUGGGAAGACUGGCGAGCUGACCAAGACUGAUUCCUUUGACAUGUGGUCUGGAGAUGUGAACCUGCUCAUCAAAUUCUUGAAGGAAAUAGAAGAUGGAAGCAUUGUCAUGAUGGCCACUUUCGAUGAUCCUGCAACAAAGCUGAAUGAAGAGGCCAGAAAUCUGAUAGCAGAUUUGGGCAGCUCAAGCAUCAGCAUACUGGGCUUCAGAGAUAACUGGGUGUUUGUUGGAGGCAAAGGGAUCAAAACAAAGAGCCCCUUUGAGCAGCACAUCAAGAACAAUGCAGAGACCAACAAAUAUGAAGGCUGGCCAGAAGUUUUGGAGAUGGAAGGAUGCAUUCCUAUAAAACACGAGUGAAAUCAACUUUUCACUGUAUUUAAAAUUAUUUUGCAUUUUUAUGUACAGCCUGGAGAAAAUUGAAGAACUCCCAUUUGAACAUAUGCAAUGUUGUAUUGUUUGAUUGGCAUUGGGAAUGACGAAAGUAAGAGUAGAAUAGACUUUAAAUCUGAAGUCUUUAAUCCUACCAUUAGAGCUCCUGAGUGUUUGCUGCUCUAUACAUGUAUUUAUUUAACAGGGUUCCCACUCUUUUUGAAUUUCCACUACUUCCAUCACAUAAUCACUAGAUAAGGAUUUGUAAACUCAUUUUAAAUGGACUUAACUUACAAAGAGCAAUGUUGCCAGUGAAAUAUUUUACAAAAAAAUAAAUAUAAAAUAUAUAUAUAUUUACUGUAGAAAUCUUGUGAAUUUUCAGCCUUGAAAAAUCACUAUUUGCACAUUCCAUGCUUGUGGGAAGCCUGAUUUGUAGGAUUUAUUGUUCUAAUUGGUCCAUAAACAGCAAGUUUUCUACCAUUUGCAAGGCUCCAGUGUCAUAAGGAGAUGAUCAGGAGAUUUACUUUUUCUUUUCUUUUUUUCCUUCCAAAAAAUGAAUGUAGGGGUUUGCUCUCUUUCUCUUUCUCUUUUAUUUAUCACUGCACUAUGACACUCUAAAUGUUGAUCAGAUUGUAUUGAAGAUAAAUGGAUGAUGUUUUAUUUUAUUUCUUUUUUAUUUGUAGUUACAUUUGUUUUUUACUGGCAACAAGGUUUUGACUGUUGGACUUUAUUCCUGAUAUGUAGUUUUUUUUUUUUUUUUUUUUUAAUUCUUGAAUUUUUAAACUGCCCAUAUCUCUGGUGUGUGAUGUGAUUGUUUUUUUUUUUUUUAGGGGAAGGGGGGGGGCUUCUAAUGUAAAACUACUGUCACCAGUUGUAUGCUGUUUGUUCUUUUUAGUAUCUUUUGGGAAUGUUGUUAUAUUUGGAGUGUUGUUGCAUUCAAACAUUUCCAUCAGUUGUGUUGACAGUCCAUCUGGUAUCUGCAUAUUUUGAAAUUGAGUAGUAUGUCUAGCAGCUGUUACAUGCAAUUAGUGUUCAUAUCAAGCAAUAAUAUCAUACAAUGUAACUGCUUUCAUCCCUGAAUGUGCCUUUUGCAGUACCAGUAGUAUGUGCUUUCCUGUCCAACAAUUAAGGAAUUAGAAUGCAAAACCAUCAUCUCUACUUGUUAAUUUUAUAAUUCCUGGCACAAUUGUAACUAUAUACUGUGAAGUCGUGGAAUGAAACCCUUUUCUUUUGUAAGAACCAUGUCGUGUGCCUUUUUUUUUUAUAUAUAUACCACAAUUAUCAGAUAUGCCAAGUGAUUUUUGUGUGAAAUUCUUGAUGUUACACGUCAUUGCCUUAAUAUGUAAAGCUGUUCUGAGGAUUUCUUUAGUAUAAAUUAAAUUUAAAUCAAAUUGU